AUGGCUUUAGUUAAACUAGAUGACCUUCCCGAGGACAUACUAGUCCUUAUAUUCCCCUUGCUCGAUGUACCAGACUUCCUCGCGCUAUGUAGCGUCAAUAAGUAUUUCCACGAAGCGUUUCUAAAGAGCCCAGAGUUCUGGCGGGAGGUUACGACAAAAACCUUCCGAAUACCUGUCCAGCCACUCCUACGAGCUAAUGGGCCGCGAUGGUACUGGUUGUAUAAAAAUCUUCGGACGCAGACGAAGGUUUAUCAAUGGGGCGGAGAGGGGCGCCCAUCUCAACCUGUGAACAAAACCUGGCCGUAUGAAUCCUCGGCUGCGGCUGAGGUAAGGAAUAUAGUUGAUUUACAAUGCGGGGGCUGGUCAUCCUCGUGCCUAACUUCGGACGGUGAAUUAUACCUCAACGGACGUAUAGAUGGGGUAUUUUAUGAUUAUUCAAGUGCAAGCGGAUAUCAACGUCUCAAGUUUGAUGCGCAAUACCCUGCAACUUCUGCAGACUCAUACCACAAAUCAACAGCCAUUAAACAGUUCUCCUCUGGCAGACGUCAUAUCCUUGGAUUAUCUGAUGAGGGGAUGAUAUGGAGCUGGUUCCAUAGAGACCAAAAUGCUAGACUUAUUGAGUUUUCUUGUGCUAGAACGGUUCUCAACUCAAAGGACCCUUCCACUCCAGGCACCGUGACAAAGGUCGUUGCGGGUUGGGAUAUGAACUCGGCAUUCGUUGCUGGCACAGGCAUCGUUUAUUGGAAACUCGAGAACCCUCGGCCAGACAGCGAUGAGUCUGUGUUGCUAAUUGUUCCUGGAAAAAUUGUGCCAGGUACCGGUUUCCAGCGGUCGAAAUCUAAUAAAGACCGGGCAGAGGACGAUGUGGGAUUAGGGGAGGUUAUAAACCAUAUCGUUCUUGAGGGAUAUAUAGUUUUCAUUACGGAUCUGAACAAAGUGUUUGCAGUUGAUGAAAAUGGCCAGCGUACAGUCGAACUAGCCAAGUUCGGCGCACCAGGAAGAAUCUUGCAGGAUAUUCAGGGUGCUUUCCGCAACUUUGCUGUUUUUACGGCAACGGGCGAGGUCAUGAUAGGGGGCGUCGAACACAUCCAAGACGCAUUUAACUGUGUGGAUAGCCCAGACAGUGCCUCCUCUCCAGAUCUUCCAGCCGGAUUACAGCACAGUGAGGUGAUAUCAGUUUCGUUUGGUGAUUACCAUUACACCGCCCUUCACGCCGAUGGUAAAGUUUCUAGCUAUGGAAGAGAACCUAGAGGCUGCGGUUCACUUGGCCUUGGAAGUACCUUAGGAGGUGUCCCUUUGCGUGGCCUCUCAAAGGAACAAGAUGACUAUUUCUCUACAGACGUGUACUUUGCUCAAUUUGCUGAAGGAAAACGACAUAACGUCUGGUUCGAACCUGAGAAACGCGAUUGGCUCAAGUACUUGGCAUGUGAAGCUGCAUCCCGACUUAAUGGCGAGGACUGGUUGAUGCCCUUUAAAGAGGAUGAUGAGCUUAUGGAGAGAUACAGUGCUUGUAUUGAAAGAGCGGGAGACAACUGGGACAACUUUCCAGACAUCAAAUCCGAGAAUGCAGAUGGACUAGGCGCAUAUUUCACUCUCAGUGUCGCAUCUGCUGGAUGGCAAACCGUUGCUCUCGUGCUUGUUAACAAGGACCUAGCGGAGAAGGUUAGGAGGAAGCACAUGGUCAAUGAGAAUGAUGAUGGCAAUCAAAAAAACCCAAAGUACAAAUGGAAGCUACAAAAGUACCCCACGUUAUCAAGAAAUUCAGAGAGGAUGCUUGACUUUAGCGUGUAUGAUUUUGAUACCUGGGUUUAUGGCCUACCGCCGUUGGAGGAAAAUAACCGUUAA